AUAUAUUAAACAAUAUUAGUGUACAUGUACUAGAGUAUGUAGGAUUGUUGUUGCACUUCCUCUUGAUUAAAUGUCAUUGGAUAAAAGAAAUAAUGGAAGUAAAGUGUAAACAUUGCAGAAAAGAUCUUUUUGACAAUGAACGCAUUCCACUGAUGACUUCUCAUGGCGAAGUAAAAAGAAGUUGUAUGGAUGUAGGAUGUGGGGCAGCCAAUUCUGAAUCUUGUUCAUAUUUGCCUACAGAGAUGCUCCCUGAAUGGAUUGAACAUGCUAUAAAUCAAGAAUCAUGGACAAAAGGUAGACUUCAUUGCCCAAAUUGUAAAAACCGUGUAGGUUUGUUUAAUUUUGUGAAUGAAUCAAAAUGUGAUUGUAACAAAUUUAUAAUACCCCCAGUUAGAAUAACUAAUAGCAAAGUCGACAUUCGGUUCAGCAUUGACAUUUCUGAAACUGAUCCUAUCAGCUCAGAUUAAAAAGCCUCAAGCUUUAAUCAAUCUCUAAAUAAUGAAUUGUACAGAUAUAGCUUUAUAAUCCUUAGCAGUUAAAAUAUUGUACUGUAACACCUGUUAUAUUUACACUGCUUAACACAGUCAGCGAUGUUGGAUCAUUCAAAAAAGAUUUUAUGUAUUCACCUAUACUAUUAAAUGUAUACAAUUGAGUAAUAACUAUAA